CAGCUACCGCAUCAUCAUCAAGCUCUCCAUAGCCUCUCAACCCAGCUCCAGCUCUCCAUCAACAACCACCAAUACCGCAAUCGCUCUCCCUCCCAUCUAAUCGAAACACCAUAUCAUAUAUCCGCCUCGAUCCACCAUGGCAUCCACAGAUCCCAAGACCACAGACGACAAGCCCGCUGAGCAGAAGCCAGAGCAGAAGCCCGCCGCUCUCGGCGAGGACGACGAGUUCGAGGACUUCCCCGUCGACGACUGGCCAGAGGAUCAGACCGAGGCUGCAAAGGGUAGCGGCGAGACAAAGCACCUUUGGGAAGAGAGCUGGGACGACGAUGACACGAGCGACGACUUCUCGCAACAACUUCGAGAGGAACUGAAGAAGGUCGAGGCUGCUAAACGCCGAUAGAGUUAUGUUGUAACGAUACCGCGAUUCGAAAGGAAUUAUAGAACGGGAAGGAUGAGUCUGUGGAAAAGACAGAUCAGAUGGAAUAAUUAAAUACCAAUAGAGGCGCGCGAAAGCGCCGUGAAGCAUUGCUGAACGUUUCGAGCGAGACCCGUUGUGUACAUUUGUAUUGUUUCAAGGACUGCAACUGUCAAUGCCUCCUACGUGACAGAAAUACCUGGACAGGUCCAUGCUAAAAUUAGUAAGCUAUUGCUGGUUUGCUUUCGGCCUCAUCAUUUAGAGUCUUUAGAACCUCAACCUGUAGAUCGGAACUUCACACCGACGCUGGUCUUUGUAAGGCCGUAGGGUGUUGGAAUGCUUUCCAUUCCAUAGCAAACAUGGUCGGUCUGACUGCAGGGCCUUUUAUUGUG